UUUACUAAUAUUUAAUUUAUUAUUAUUUUUAAAAUAUUAUAAAUAAAUAUUAAAUAUUAAAUUUUAUCUAUAAAUUUAAUUUUAUAAUUAAAAUAAUAAUAAUAAUAAUAAUAAUACCGAGGUAAAUGAAUACAACAACUAUAGGAUAUUAGAGCAAAAAAUGCAAAGAGUCUUCUUUUCAAAAGAGAAGAAAAAAAAAAAAAGAAGAAGCAAAGAUUUAAAUCAUAGCAAAGCAUCCAAAUUUGUCUAAAAGAAAAGUAUGCAAUUUUGCAUGGUAUUUAUAAGAGGGUAAAAUAGGUAAUUGAAUUUUCUAAGUAACGGGGACGUUUUUUAAAACACAGCAACGAAGCCAAAGGCAAAGCCCGCCAAUGACUACCCACCAUCAACAACCAAACCAAAUCUAACCACCCAGAGAUACUAAAAAACGUCACCAAUAACAACCAGUAAGACAGCAACUCCCUCUUAUUUUUUAUUUUUUUCUAUUUCCCUCCCAUUCAUCUCAAACCAAACACUGCCAGUGCCAGCAACUAACAGUUACUUACCCUUUACAUCAAACCUUGAAAGUAAACAAUGUCAGUGAGGACACUCAUCAAACACCUUCCCUCCACAUCUUCCUUUUACAAAUCCCUUCGCUCAUUUUCCUCUCUCCCAAUUCAUCAAGACCCAUACUCUCUCCUCAAACAAGACCCAAUCGAAAUCUGCACUUCUCUUUGGGUCAAAUCCUUUUCUUCACCACCAAACACAACUUUCCCCAACCUAACUGGCUUUCUCUCAAAACUUGACCUUUGGGUCCUUGCUUACCAGCGUUCCUGCGCUCAGGUCACCGGCACGUUCCCUCCUCGUAAUGCUCUCCAUUCCCAGACUCUGCAUUCUCUUCUCUCUCUCCAAAACGCUGUGGUUCAUAACCGCUUUAAAUGGAACGAUAAGACUCGCCAGAUCAUCCGAAGUCCAAACGACAAGCCGUUCACAAAACUGGUCUCUAAAACGAAGCUUAAGGCAAUGGUGAAUUCAAAUGAUCCGUGUUUUCAGGACCGGGUGGUUCAGGAGGUGCUGUUAAUGGUGCUGGAGCCAUUUUUUGAAGCCCGAUUUUCAGGCAAGUCCCAUGCGUUUAGACCUGGAAGGAAUGCACAUACUGUGAUUAGAACUAUAAGGAGUAAUUUUGCAGGGUAUUUAUGGUUUUUAAGAGGUGAUUUAAGUGAAAUUUUUUAUGCAGUUGAUGCUAAUUUUGUUUUGGAAUGUGUUGAAAAGGUUGUUAAAGAUAAGAAAGUUUUGAACUUGGUAAAAGAUGCACUCAAAUCACCAAUGAGAAAUCAAGAAUUAGAGAAGAGAAGUGAUAGGAAAGAGUUGAGAAAGAAGAAGAAAAAGAAGGCUACAAAGAAGAGAAUUUUGAAUGAAAAUGAGCCAAAACCUGACCCUUAUUGGUUACGAACUUUCUUUGAUUUUGCACCAGAGGAGGCAGUGAAUAUACCCAAUUAUGGUUAUUGUGGGAUAUUGAGUCCAUUGCUUGCUAAUAUUUGUCUUAAUGAAUUGGAUCAAAUAAUGGAAGAGAAGAUAGUUAAGUUCUUUAGGCCAAAUAAAAGCGAUUCAAUUUGGAAAGACUCAAUUGAUGAUGGGUGUCAUAACCCUUCUUGGCCGGAAUUUGUUCCAUCUAGCGGGAAGGAGAAGACUAGGAAAAUAGAUUACAUUCGAUAUGGAGGUCAUUUUUUGAUUGGUGUUCGAGGGCCUAGGGAGGAUGCAGUGCAAACGCAGAAAGAAAUUAUUGAGUUUUGUGAGAAUAAGUUGGGGAUCAGGUUGGAUAAUUCUAAGAUUGAGAUUGAACACAUAUCUAGGGGAAUUCAGUUUUUAGAUCAUAUAAUUUGUCGUAGAGUUAUACACCCUACACUUCAUUAUACAGCAAGUGGAGGUAAAAUUGUAAGUGAAAAGGGUGUGGGGACUUUGCUUUCUGUUACUGCUAGCUUGCAACAGUGUAUCCGGCAAUUUAGGCGACUUGCAUUUGUUAAGGGCGAUAAAGAUCCAGAGCCAUUGCCUUGUAAUCCUAUGCUUUAUUCAAGUCAAGCUCACAGUAAUGCGCAAAUGAACAAGUUUCUUGAGACCAUGGCUGAAUGGUAUAGAUAUGCUGAUAACCGAAAGAAAGUUGUGGGAUUUUGUGCAUAUGUGAUACGUAGCUCAUUAGCUAAACUUUAUGCUGCCCGGUAUAGACUAAAAUCUCGUGCUAAGGUGUAUAAGAUUGCUUCACGUAAUCUCAGUCGACCGCUUAGGGAGAGUAGUAAUAGUUCUGCUCCUGAAUAUUCUGAUCUUUUGAGGAUGGGACUUGUGGAUGCAAUUGAAGGUGUUCAAUUCUCCCAUAUGUCUUCGAUUCCCUCUUGUGAUUAUACUCCAUUUCCAAGAAUUUGGGUUCCAGAUCAUGAACGGGUUUUGCAUGAGUAUAUUAGACUACAAGACCCAAAAUUCUUUUGCGACUUGCAUAGAUCAAUAAAACAUCAAGGUUUGACUUUGCCUCAAGAUGAGAUAUCUGAGAUUGUCUGGGAAUACAAGACCCUUGGAAUUCGGAGAAACCAAUCUAGUGGAGAAAAAGAACUAAAUAGUACUCCCGAAAAUGUAGACAAGACUUCAUAAUUUGCUGUAAAAUUAGUAACUUAAAUUCUUUAUGGAAGUCUGUAGAUAGCUAACAGAAGGAAGUCUUGAUGAGCAUUGUCCAUCCUCAUUGAACUACUGUGCAACUGAGAGUAACUGCUUUCCCAGUAGAUUGCCAGCAAUGUGCCUGGACAAGUUUGAUGAACUCCUUUUUAUUUCCCGUGAUUAUUUUGAGAAAUAAUUUAAUCAGGACAUAUGAGCAUGCUGAGAAAUAAGAACUGUAGAUGUGAGAUUGACAGGGCUUGCAAGGAUAAGAGUCUGAGUUAGAUUUUUUAUCAGCAAACAAGGAUUGGCAACAGAAGUAGAGCUACGAAACAUGAUUUAAUCUGUUGCUGCAAAGGUGAAUGGCUUCUGCUGCGAGUACUCUGAAGCUUCAAGCCAGAAGCACACAUGAGGUGGAAGAAGACCCAGAAAGGCCAUGGUCGAAAUAGAGAGAAACGUGAUAGGUGAUGGUUUUACAUUUAAAAUGAAAACAGAAGAGAGAAAGAAAGAAAGAAAUAAUGGAGGUCUUGAAUAGAACGAAGUUGAGUUAAUAGUUAUUAGAAUCUCUAAAUACCCUGCAGUUUCAUUGGAAAUGAUUUUGAUGAUUUAAGUUGGUAGUUGACCUUGUUAAAUUGUUGAAGUACCUGGUACUGGAACUUAUCAAUAGCUGCCUGCACCUUUUUUGUUCGAAAGAA